GUGGAGGUUGUGGGUCAAAUAAGUGUCUUUUCCGCCUCCAAACGAGGCGAAGUGUGGGACAUCCCCUGUUUGAGAAAGGGGCCCAGCGACAAAAGCCAUAGGGCCUCCUUGGAAUUUUUCCACCCUGAUUUGGAGGGGUCGCCGUUCGCUGGGCUCGUCCAUUUCACGUCGGGAAAUUGCGGCGCCGCGGCCGCAUCCGUCCCGAAGUAGGGGACGCGGGUUUUUCGACAUUUUGGGCGAGGAAAACGCGAAAUAAGAGUCGGGCGGGUAGCCAUCGAGCAGCUGGACUCGUCCCUCUCCCCGAUCUUCGAAACUCGUCCGUCGUCUGUGUCCCGUCGUCCUGGUUUUCUUUCCCUCCCCGAAACUCGAGUGGCGGCCGUGGACCGAUUGCUUACGGCAUUGCCAUCAUGUGUUCGAUGGGAACUAUUCACAAUGUCUUCCAAGAAGAUAACAUAUUCAAGUGAUUUUAAAUUAAAGGUUUUAGACUACUAUUUUAAGCACGGAGGGGACGAUAAAUUUGGCCUUAAGAAGAAAACUGCCGGGCACUUUAAUAUAGAUAAGAAAACUAUUAAUCGAAUGUUGAAUAACCCAGAAAUGGUGAAGAGGGCUCGUAAACUUUUAACCACAAAAAAAACCACAGCCAGUGGAAAACUUCCGCCGACUGGCUCCCGCCCUCCAGUAAAACCUGCAGUUAGGAAGGCAGGGGCAAAUCCGACUAGAGUAUCCAACACUCCAAACAAAUCAGCAAGCUCAAGCCAGUCCAGUGCCUCAAGCAGCAGUAGUAACAAAGUGUCUACCUCAUCGACUACUAGUACAAAAUCUGUCAGUAGCAGUAGCAGACAGCAGGUCAACAGUACCCCUAGUGGCUCUAAUAAGGCAACAUCACAAAAACCAAAGUCUGUAAUACCAGAAGAUAAAGGGUCACCAGGUGUUGAGGUCUUUGAGCUUCCAGAGGACCCCGACUAUUCUCUACUUAAACGUUCCAUUAAUGCUGCGACGAAUGGAGUGGGUGGUCUAGCAAAACUCUUGGUUACAGGAACUGAGGAGGUAAGGAAUGUUGUCCUCAACGAGUGUGAUGUUAUCUUGGAAUGUAAAGUGUGCCGUAGCCUGUUCCGGUCUGUGGUUAAUUUCUUAGCACAUAAAAGAAUAUACUGUCAAGAUGAGUUUGCUGAUGUACGGACAUUAUUCCACAAAGGUGACGUACAGGGUGUAACAACUCAGUCAAGUACAGUAGUGGUAGAACCGGAGCCACCUCCUGACACCGAAGACUUGAAUACAAUGAGGACAACAAUACCAACCACUUAUACUUCUCCAAUAAGAUCGGCACAGGGGAAAGCAAAGCAUUCUGGAAUAGAUUCCAUAGCAUUGAAGCUUGCUAGAAAAAGAAAGGCAUAUCAUGCGUCAUCGUCAUCAUCAUCAUCAUCCACAAACACAGGGUCUUCGUCUUAUUACAAAUCGCUCGGUGAAGUAAGCAGAAGUCGCGACAAGCUGAGUCGUGAUUGUUCUGUCAUGUUAGAAGACAUAGGUGGUGUAACAAAUGCCGUUUUCCAGUCAUUUAUACCCCCUGGCUCAGCUUCACCUAGUAUGCCUAUGAGUAGUCUGAUUGAAGAGGCCUCAAAUAGUAAAAGUGGACUAACAGUAGCAAUCAACCAGAAUGGGGAAAUUGUGAAAACUGCUUCUGGUGAAAUAAUGUCGAUGGAUGUGGAUCAGUCAUCUUCCCACUCUGAUUCUAAGGACUUAACAUGUUUAUUAUGUAAUACAAGAUUUGCAACCCAGAAAACCUUGAGUGUUCACCAGCGUUCACAUCACGGGUUUGAGCGUUGCAUUUACUCCUGUCCAAUUUGCCAAGCAUCGUUCUUAAGCAUGUGGGCGGUUGUCAAGCACCUUCAGAGAACUCAUAAAAAGACCAAAAAUCAGAUAGAAAGAUUACGUAAGGUGGUAAGAAAAAACGUUCGUAAAAAAAUUAUAUAUCAGAAGGCUGAAAAGGACAAGGACAGUCCAGUUUCUGCAAAAGAUGACAAUGAGGAUGAAGUGGGAGAGGAAGAUGAUGAGGAGGAGGAUGAGGAAGAGAAAGUGGAAGAUUCUGAUAGCUCACCGGUGAAAUCUGCUGAAAUCGCAACUCCUAAGAAGAGUGGAAUAGGCAGUUCUGCCCCGAUAUCGCAAGUGAAGGGGUCCUCCCAUAAGAAUGAAAAUGACGAUUGUAAAUCUACAAGAUCGCCUGACCAUCGUUGUAUGAAGUGCGCCCGUAAGUUCAACACACCAUCUGCCUUAGAGUCUCAUGGUAGAUUUUGUUCACUAAUGCAGAUGGCUCCACCAGAAACCCCAAUGAAUCCACUUUUUCGUUCUGAAACUCCAGAAAAGAAAAUAGCAAUCCAGAUUAGAAAGGACUACAAGAAAUCAAUAAACCCAUUUGAAGCUGGCAUAUCCAGUCAUAGUGAUGAAAAAUGCCCACAUGUAAUGUUUAAGAUACCAAAGACUCCUCAAGAAAAAGAGAACCAGUCAAGAAUAGAGGAAAUGAUGGGUGAAUUUUGUGAUUUGUCUAAUUUUUCUUGUAUUCCUUGUGGUAAAAAAUAUCAAUCCAUCACAACUUUAAAACGACAUUCUGCUUACCACAUGGACUGGACCAGGUUCCAGUGCAGCCUAUGCCAUUACAAAAGUUAUCAUAGGUAUGAAGUCAUAAAUCACUGCGCUACUAAACAUAAUGUGAAAGAAAAUAUUGCUGGAGGUAUGGUGAUUGAAAAAGAACAGGUUGGACAGCUCAAGUAUUUUCUGGAUAAUGAAGACGCUGCUUCGGUAUCCUCAGAUGUUGACCAGGAUCAAUCGGGAGAUUUUUCAAGCUCAAAGGGAAAAAGUAAUUCUACUGCACCUGAUAGUAAUAACCCUGAAAAUAAGUCAUCGGUGGACUGUGAUUCCGAUGUUGAAAAAUGUCUUACACAAACUAAGUUUGUUGAGAAAAAUAUGUUGCAUGAACAAAAAGAUGCAGAUGAAGGUGAAAUUUCCAAAGAAUGGUUGAGUCCUGAGGUUCAACAAAACUUAAAAGAAAGUAUUACUUGCAAAGUUGAAUCUGAUAAUUCAAAAGAAAGUAUUACAGUCAGACAAGAUACUGACCCACAUGUUCAAAUAGAUAAAAGUCACAUGUUUGAGGCAACAGAAAAUAAACCAGAGUGUAGUACUGCUGCACAGAUGAUAACAGAUUCCAAUCCUUUGACAGAGGAAGAAAAUAUAGAUUCAAGUUUGAAAAAUGAUAACAAUAUGAAAAUGAUUUCAGAUGCCAGCACAUCCCUUUCCUUGGAGCAUGAAGUCAGUGACAUUUCAAAUACAGGAUUGUGCAAGUUUUCAUCCAGUGAGGAAAAAUACAGUUCUUGUAAAAAUGAGACAGCCACUAAUCAAGAUAAAAUUUUAAAAUCAGGUGAAAUAGUGACUGAAAUGUCAAGUAUUCCUUUAGAAGAAUCAAAAGUUCAUGGAGAUAUACCAAAAGCAUCAGAAAGUUCCAGUAAAAUACUUGAAAUUGAUCAGUCUCUGUUAGACCCUGUAGUCGACACUGAUAAUUCAUCCAGUUCAAGUGAUCUUGGUACCGAAAAAUUAAUAGAUACCAUUGGAGUUCAGGCUGCAAAAAUACAUUAUGAAUAUAGAGAUGAAAUAUUUUCCCAAAAACUUGAAGUUAAGCCUGACUCUACUGAAGAUGUGCUAAGUUUGUUGCGUGAAUAUUCUCCUGACAAGGAUAUUGAAAAAGCUGAUUCUGAAUCCAUGUCAUCUUAUUUAGAAAUAAGUGAACCAGGCAGUGUCAUUGAAUCAUCUGAAAACACUGCUGCAAUACAGUCUGGUGCAGUUGCUGACUGUGCUGAUGAUGAUGAAAUAGUGGACAUGGGAAUGGAAUCUGAAGCCCCGGUUAAUGAAAAUAGAGAACUGGAAAGCAGGCUGACACAUGGUGAAAAGAUUGAGUGGGAGACUCUUGAUGAGAGAGAGAUUUUUAAGGAAACAGAAGGUAUUCAUGAAGAACCUAGCAAAGAUGCUCCGUUAACAGAGUUAUGUACAUUUGCAGACGUUAAACCGACCAGUUUGGACAUACCUUUCAGUGUGGAAAAAGAUAACAAACCAAUUCCUAAAGAUGACCCUUCACUUGAUUUCAUAGGUUUUCCUAGUGCCAAAGAUGAAAACAUUGGGAGGCCUUCGCGAGUGAAACGCACUAUAGAACACAAGGACUUUAUAUAUGAAACCAAAAAAUCUGUCUCUCAGACAGGAUAUGAUGAGGAUGAUUGCAUUAUUUUGCCCUCAGAGGAAGGAAGAUCUAGUGUAAGGAGGCGAAGUUCAUUGAAAUUAGAUCCUGUUAUAAAGAAAUCAAGAAAUGAAGAUGAAGGGUACAAAAGUCAGUCCUGCAAUGGUAGUAAUUUGUCUUCUACAGGUAGAAUGAAAAUUGAAGAUCUUCCUGUACCCCAGAGGCCAGAAGCUGACACAGAUGAACUUGAAUCCUCAUAUUUUGAAACUUCCUCCAACGAAAAACGAAAAGUAAGAUUAGAACGCAGACGCCCUGAUGUUAAUACUCGUAGAAGCUUGAUAUUUCAUAUAGAUAGUAGUAAAUCAAAGCCUGGCGAGGCUUUAAAAGUAAAAAAUUUGGAAAAAGUAUCAGAAAGCAGCAGUAGCUCUAAGUCUUUGAGAAAAGAAUCUCCAACAAUGACAAGAUACUCGUCACGUUUGAAAUUGGCCAGCAGUCCACUACCAAAGAAAGAGAAAAGGCAAGAUACGUUGAACACGCGCAUUAUCACUAACGGACAGGGCCAAUCUAAUCCUGUAGCAACCACAAACAAAGUGAAAUUAUGAAUGGUUACUUUUUCCAUGGACUGUGUUGUGAAACAAUUUUAGUUUAGGUUGAAAUAACCAAAACUGGUGCUUCUAUUUGAAAAAAAUCUGUCCAGUGAGUUGAGGUGUUUGUAUGUCAAGAAUAAAAUUUUAUUCCAUCAUCUUGAGUUUAGUGUUUUAAACAGGAUAUGCUUAAAACAUUUAGUUCAACCCUUGUGGUGUAUAGUGGAUUUUGGUUUGGUUAUUAAAACUUAAACAUAUUAGUUGCCAAAUAUAUGUUUUACAUUUAUUUGCCACUGGUGGUAUGUAUCUAGAUAUGGGGUUACUGUAAGUAUAUAAAACAUUUUUUAUAUUUUCUUUAAAUAUUGUACAUGUUAAAUAAAGUGAACUUUUUUUUUUUUAGUUUAUUUUGAUAAAUUAAAUUUUUCCAGACCUCAAAAGGAAUACUUUGCAGUAUGGUACCUGCUUCUGUCAUAUGACUUCAGUUGUAACUUUUUUCUCCAUUAUAUUCUAUUAGCAUUAAACCUGUUUUUCAGCAGUUGUCUAAUCUUGUACAAGCACAAAAGUUAGCCUGGGUUUAACUUUACUUAGCGUGAUUAAAGCCAUCACUACACAAGGACUAGUAGCAAGGCACGACAGUUAUGUUGAAACAAUUUUAACAUAAUGUAAAUUUUUCUUUCUCUCUCCAUUUAGUCAAUUUUGUAAGCCGAGCAUUUUAUCCUUCAUUGCUAUAACCUGUGAUUAGGAUAAUGUGUAGAUAUGCAUAUCCAUUACUAAUACUUUUAAGUCAUCUGUACAUAGUUCAUUUUUCAAAGAUUACUAUUUUGAUAGUGCUUAUCUAGUAUUUUUUUUAUUGAACUCCAUUAAGGUAUUUGCAUUGUGCUAUAGCUUACCCUUAAACACUGGCAUAACUUCUGAUACCUGUAGAAUUUAUACUUGAUACCUACAAGUACAAUUUUCAUGUUCUCUAUGUAAAUAUAUACUGUAUAUAUAUAUAGCAACUGUAAAUGGAAGAAAAUAAAUGAAACAUCAGCAACA